ACUCUAUGGAUUUGCUCAUUUCUUUUCCUCUAUAAUGUCAUCAGUCCCCACCAAGGAGUCCCCAGCCCCAGAUGUUGGAUGAGGAGGGGAUGAAACUUCUGCUCUCUGGUGGAAAGCUUGCAGGUGAUGAAGAGGAAGAGCAACUGAAGGAGCAGCCCUAAUAAAUAGGUUCUUUUGCCUGUUGGAAAAUGCAUUUAUUGCAUUCCUUGGCAAGUCCCUCAGAAAGAACAGAACGUAUUUGCUUCCAGCAAUGAACACGUCCUCUCCACUGUACAUUUCUGAACUAAACCUGAGUGCCUUUGGCAGCAACUUUACUGUGCCUACCGUCAAGAGCAAGCCUUCACCAUGUGAACAAGUGGUCAUUGCAGCUGAGGUGUUCCUAACUCUGGGCAUUGUAAGCCUCCUUGAAAAUAUCUUAGUUAUAUGUGCAAUAGUUAAAAACAAGAACUUGCAUUCGCCUAUGUAUUUCUUUGUUUGCAGUUUAGCAGUAGCUGACAUGCUGGUCAGUGUGUCUAAUGCUUGGGAGACCAUAACAAUAUACUUAAUAAACAAUAGGCACAUAAUCAUGGAAGAUGCCUUCAUCCGUCAUAUAGACAAUGUCUUUGACUCAAUGAUCUGCAUCUCUGUGGUGGCUUCCAUGUGCAGUUUGCUGGCUAUAGCAAUAGACAGGUAUAUCACUAUCUUCUAUGCCCUGCGUUAUCACAACAUCAUGACUGUGAAAAGAUCAGGGCUCAUCAUUGCAUGUAUCUGGACCUUUUGCACAGGCUGUGGCAUUAUCUUCAUUCUUUAUUAUGAAUCAACUUAUGUUAUCAUUUGUCUCAUCACUAUGUUUUUCACCAUGUUGUUCCUCAUGGUUUCACUAUACAUCCAUAUGUUCCUCCUGGCUCGUACUCAUGUGAAGAAAAUAGCAGCUUUGCCUGGAUACAACUCUGUCCAUCAAAGAACCAGCAUGAAGGGAGCCAUCACUCUGACUAUGCUACUUGGCAUCUUCAUUGUUUGCUGGGCUCCAUUCUUCCUCCAUCUCAUCCUGAUGAUCUCCUGCCCUCAAAACCUCUACUGUGUUUGCUUCAUGUCUCACUUCAACAUGUACCUCAUUCUCAUUAUGUGCAAUUCAGUGAUUGAUCCCUUGAUCUAUGCCUUUCGUAGCCAGGAAAUGAGGAAGACCUUCAAGGAGAUAAUUUGUUGCUAUAGCCUGAGGAUGGUCUGUGGGUUAUCGAACAAGUAUUAGGAAAGCCAAACCAAACCAAACAGGUUUAUUGGUGAAGAGAAUUGAAAUGCAACAUCUUGCUGCUGCUUGUAAUUCUGCUGAAAGGCAUAUGGAACAUCUUUAUUCAGUUUUCAUGAUUUCUGUGGCAAUCAAAACACCUCUUUUUAAAUAUAAAACUUUUCUUGCACUCCAUGUACCUCCCUCCUGCUGGUGGUAAGAGCUGCUCAAUGCAUCUGUAUUAAGGGGAGAAAAAAUAUUUUGAAUCUUGUAUGUUUACUGAAGACUCUGGAUCUUUUAAGAGGCAUGUACAGGGAAAGUCGUAUUUUCCUUUCUGUCAAAUGCAAUGAGUGUGCCCUGCUAUGCAAAUGAGCCCAUUGGCUUUUCAGUAUGCAUUUAUCUUGAUAUUCUUUGUCUCUCUAAAUAUAGCAUGGCUUAUUCUGAUCCCCAGAAUAAAGAGUUUAUUUGCUAUUUUCUUCCUAAUACAUGAAAUCAGAGAAGUAGCUCCAAUUAUCAGGGCUCAUGUACCUCGGUCAACACAGUUGUGACCAGGAACAUAUGAACAUACCAGCAGCUGUGUAUUGUAGUCAUGACUGUUACUGUUAUAAAAUAUGUAUUAUGUAAGAGGGCAGUGUUACUGUAAGACUUCCUGGACAGGAUACAGUAUUUUGUCAUAUCUGACAAUAUGUGUUCUUAUCACUUCAUCUGUGGAAAGAUUUACCAUAUGCUGCUUUUAAGCUGGUAGUACCUGAACAUGAAGACUGGGCUGAUUCUGGUCUGUUUUCCUCAUUCAUGAGGGCUGGGGAAGUAGAGGAUGCAUGGCUGCUGGAGAGUCACAGAAUGUUUUGGGGAAAGGUGAAGUUUGGGCCAGGAGCUACCUUUAUGCAGAGGUUAAAAAACCAUUCAGCUACCAGUAGCUUUUGUUAUCAGAGGAAGCUGUACUGUAGAUCACAUCUUUCAAGUUGUGAGAGGGUGUUAGAUGAAACAAAUUUAGUCACCAGGAGGGACAGCAGAUAUUGGCAAAACAGGGAUCUCAAACUCAGGCACAUGUAGCUGUACAGAAUCAUAACUCUUGCUCCCAAGCCAAACUGUUUUUGUCUUUUAUGAGAGGCUUCUACGGUUUUUAAGACUUGGAAACCCCCAUGCUUUUUGUGUGAGCAAUUUGCAUCUAGUUAUAAGCAUGCUGUUCUGUAACUGCUGUAUAAUAUGCAGAAUAUUGGAUUUGUCACAGGUGAGGGAAGUACCACUGUGGCAUUGAUUUCUUAAUGCCAAGGAAUGGUACAUAUCUUGCACUGAGAUAUAAGCUAGACAAACAUUUUAAGCAGCGGUACCCAACUAACUAGAUAUCAGAAAAUAGCUUUCAAAAAUUAUUUAUUUCUAUAAAGAGCUCAGAGAAUAGCCCUUAUUUUGUUUGGUUUAGGGGAUGCUCUAAAACUGUUGUUGUCAACAGAAAGAAUAUGAUCAGCUCACAGGGCCUUGGAUGACCCUUCUGUGGAAGAAAUCAGGUGAAGGAGAAUCUUUUUUAUCAUAAGGGUGUUCAAACACGGGAACAGGUGCCCAAUGGUUGUGCAGUCUCCAUCCUUGGAGAUAUUCAAAACCUGGCUGGGCACAGCCCUGAGCAACCUGCUCUAAGUUUGAAGUGGGCUCUAACUUUGAAGUUUACUUUGCUUUGAAUGGUGAAUUACACUACAGGAAUAUAUAUAAAAUAAAUGUCUCUUUGAGGCCAUCACCUGUUUUAAUGUAUUUUUUUCUCCUGCUUAACCACAGCAAUGUGGACUAGACAAUCUCCACAGGUCCCUUCCAAAUCAAUAUUCUAUGAUUCUCUGAAUGAACUUGUGUUGUAUGAUAAAAAAUAUUUCUUUUUUUCUCCUAAUUUAAUCUCUUGUGUAAGAAGAACCUUAAAAUAUUAUCCUCUAGAAAAAUAUUGUCCACAUCUAGAAAGACAGCAUACUCUGUGUCUUCAUUUGCAUUGAAGGUCUCUGGCAGGAUAAGUCAGGAUAAGUCCGGCACGUUUUCUGCACUUUUCAGUUGCUUUUCUGCUGCAGCUUGAACUAUGCACUGCCUCCAGCUCUCACAUGCCUCCCUUUGACAUGAGCGGGAGAGACCUUGUUACCUGGCUGUUAGUAUAGUGGUUACAGCAAUGCAGUAGAUGCUGUAUUCUUCCUUCAAAUAUAUCUGGGAAUGUGAUUUCAGAGAUAUGUCUUGUCAUCUGGUAGUGACAAUCUUGCCUUGUUUCAGACGCUAUUUAACCUUAUCCAUAAAAGAGACCUAAGUGGCACAGACCAUUGAAUGGGCUCUUGCUACUGUGAAUGUAAAAACACAGCAAAACCUGACACAAUUCAUUUGCAUAGUGAAAGGCACCAGCUGAUGUUGUAAAUAAAUCAUCUUCACUUGGUAUUGCAAAUAAGAUACUCUUGUACAUAAUUGUAAACCAACAAAUAGGAAGCCAAAACUGUAACAGAUUUGGGUACUUUCUUGAAUUGUACAUUACUUCUUUGUGUUGGAAGUAUAUUUGAUGUAUAAACACAGACCCAUGAAGAAACUAUUAAACUGGAUUGUUGGAAAACGCA